AUAUAAAGACUAUUGUCACAACUAUAUCAACGUGUCUUACCCAUAAACAAAACUAGACAGAAAACAUGUCUACCAAAUUCUUCCUCCUGUUGUGGAUUAUUUGUGCAAUUUUAGAUAUUGGCAGCGCAAAACAAUGGUCACAAAGAAGAAGAAAAUACACAAAUGUCCGGUACAAUAGCUUUAACCGAGGUAAAGGCUUCCUUUACAGCAGUUACAGCGGCGACAGCGGCGACAACAGUCAUAGCAGCGACAGCGACAGCGACCGCGACCAAUUUGGCAACGACAACCACAGCGCCGACGACGACAGAAGCGACGAUAACGACAGAAUAAUGGUGGUGACAGAGGAGACAAAAGCGGCAUCGACAAGAAGAAUUUUAGAAAUUGACAGCGCAAAAGGAUUGUCACAAAGAAUCAGAAGAAACAAGAAAGCCCGAUACAACAAUUACAGUGGCGGCAACGGAUACAGCGGCGGCAACGGAUACAGUGGUGACAACUACUACAGCGGCGGCAACGAAUACAGUGGUGCCAACGCCUACAGUGGCGGCGACGACCGCGACGGCGACCGCAGCAAGGACGACGACGACAGCGAUGUCGAAAGGAUAUUCGAAAAGAGGAAGAAAUUGAUAAUUAUUGCAGUGAUAGUGGGUAUUAUUGUAAUUACCAUCAUGGUGGUUUGUUGUAUUUAUUGGGGAUGCUGCAAUGAUCAACAGAAAAAGAACUGUCGAAAUUGCCUUUCGUGUUGUUGUGAAGUGACUGAAAGUGCUGGAGAAGCGUAUCAAGUGAAUCAAGUUUAACCUUGCAUUGCAAACGUUCUCUGAUAUUAUUUUUAAAUGUAUGGUUUAUGUUGAUUUCUGUGAACAAAAGUUUUGAGGGUUAUUUUUUAUUUUCAUACACACGCAUACAUGUUAUAUCAUGAAAUACAGAGUUAGUUUCAGAUCAUGAAAGUUCAAUCUCAUAACUCCUAUAAGCAAUACAAAAUAGAGAGAUUGGGCAAACACGGACCCCUGGAUAUACCAGAGGUGGGAUCUGGGCCGGGAUUCAUAAAGAUUCUAAGAAAAUUCUUAGAUCUCAUACUUAAGUAGUAAAAAAAUUCUUAGCUAAGAAAAAUACUUAAGUAUUAAUUCAUAAAAAUGUUAAGCAUAAUUCUUAACUAAGUUUCAAUCUUAGAAAAAUGAAACACUUAAGUAGAAAUUCUAUGGCAACGCGAACGAUUUCCCGGAAUUUUUACCGCACUCUCCAGCAAAAGAGGUAAAAAGUUGAGGAUAGUGAUGUCAACAACAACAUCAUGGAAUCCAAGCAGACGAAAAGAAAGCCUAAUUGGAAUGCUGAUGAAACGCUUGCCUUGGCUUCGUUAGUAGAAGAGAACAAGCAUAUCCUGAGGGGGAAAUUAGGGCCCACUUUAACCUCCGAGAUGAAGCACCGCACUUGGCAAAGUAUUGCCGAAAGACUAGCCGCGAUGGGGGUGGGUCCAGCUAGGACAGCGGUGGAAGUGGAGAAGAAGUGGCACAACGUCUUCUCCAAAUCUAAAUCUGAAAUCUCAGAUCACAGAAGAGUUGUGACUGGGACAGGCGGGGGCCCACCACCAAAACCUCUCAGCGCAGUUGCCACAACAGUGUGUGGUGUGGUAGGAGAGGAUAAUGCUUGCCUCAGUGGGAUUGAUGGUGGGAUUGACUCCUCUCUCUUGCAGAUAUUAAACAUUGGAGAAGGGAGUCAACCAGUGGGAAUCAAUGUCUUUGAGGGACCUCCUGGUAUGGAUCCCCUCAUUCUCAACUCUAGCCCUCUAGUCGCCGCAUCUGUACAAGAGCCUUCACUACCAUUAACAUCCAUGACUACAAGUUUGCAGGCCUCUGAAAAUAGAAGCAGUCAGCCUGAUUUGAAAAGGAGAAUCGAGGAGCUAAUUUGCAGGAAGUUGGAACUGGAAGUCCAGUAUAUGGAAUUAAAGAUAAAAAAACUAAAGCAAGAGGAAUGAAUUUUAUUAGCUCACCUGAGCCGAAGGCUCAAGUGAGCUUUUCUGAUCAAAAUUUGUCCGUUGUAUGUCGUCGUCGUAAACUUUUCACAUUUUUCAUCUUCCUCUCAAGAACCACUGGGCCAAUUUCAACCAAACUUGCCACAAAGCAUUCUUAGGUGAAGGGCUUUCAGGUUUGUUCAAAUGAAGGGCCAUGUCCCUUUCAAAGGGGAGACAAUCACAAAAAUGCAAAAAUAGAGUGGGGUCAUUUAAAAAUCUUCUCAAGAACCAUUGGGUCAGAAAAGCUGAAAUUUUCAUGAAAGCUUCCUGACAUAGUGCAGAUUUAAGUUUGUUCAAAUCAUGGCCCCCAGGGAUUGGAUGGGGCCACAAUAAGGGAUCAAAGUUUUACAUACUAAUAUGUAGGAUAAAUCUUUAAAAAUCUUCUCAAGAACCACUGAACUAGAAAAGCUGAGAUUUACAUGAAAGCUUCCCGACAUAAUGCAAUGUGGCCCCUGGGCCUCUUGUUUAUAUUUAAAAGCAUUUUAAUUGAUGUACUAUAUGUACAUGUUCUUAUCUCAUCUGAGUGAAAGGUUCAAGUGACCUUUUAAAUCUGAUCAAACUCUGUCCAUUGUCUGUUGGCACACAGUUGGGCCACAUGAAUAGAUCAUUUUUUUUAUACAUGGGAAAUAUUUUGUAAAUCUUUUCAAGAACAACAAGGCCAUGGUUAGUAAUAUUAACAAGCAAGCAAUCUAUUGUAGUGCAGAAUCAUAUAACAGCUGUAGGACCAUCAAGGAACCUGGGUUUAAGGGUGGGCUAGAAUCUAUGAUAAAAUUUUACAUAGAACAUGGAUAUAUUAUAAACAAAGAAUUUUUUUUUUAAAUCCUCUCCAGCAAGAUCAUUAAAUUCAGUUGUCACCCUCUGGGGCUAUAGGUAUAAACUCUAAUUUACCAUACCAUUUGUAAUACCAUUGAUUAUUAACUACAUGUUUUCUUUCUUUCACAUUAAAUAGACAUGUAAAUAUGAUGCCGUAACUGAUAAAACAUUUAGAUUUCAUACUAUUAUUGUAUAUGAUAUCUGAAAGACAUAGAAAUUCAGUAUACUUUACCAGACAUUGUUGUGUUUGUCAUAAUAGAUAUUAAUAAUUAAUAAGUUAAGUUUUUUAUGUUUCAUAUUUCAACAUUAAUAAGUAGAUACUCAAUAGAUGAAAUUAAUGAUAUGUGUGUUAAAAUUUUCACUUUCCAUAUAAAGUAGUUGUUGGCUUUUAACUUUUCACAUUUUCAUUUUCCUUACUAGAAUGACUAGGCCAAUUUCAACCAAAAUUGGCACAAUACAUCCUUGGGCAUUUUCCCCCUCAAGAACCCCAUAGCUAAAUUGCAUGGUCAAAAUGUAAUACAUUUGUAAGACAGUGUGGUGUUUUCCUAAGUAGAUAUAUUAUUUCAUUACUAUAUGAAACAUAUUAUUAUUUAAAAAAGCUGUAAUUUAAGUAGCUCAUAAAGAUUAUCACAUGCCUUUAUUUUUAACCUGCUUUAAUUUAUGUAUAAUUUGAUAAUUUGUACAUAUCUCUAAGUUAUUCAUAUAUUAUAGAAUCAUUAUGGUCAUUAAUCUCAUCUAUGUACAUGUAUAUAAUGUAUUUGCUGAAUAUUCAGAUGGUAUGCAUUUUGUAUGAUAGUGGAUGACUAAGAGUAAUGAAAAUUUACAUCAGUUUGAAUGUACAUUUAAAAUAUGAAUUAUCAUGAUAAAUUAAAAUUUAGUAGUUUAAAAAUUUAUGUGUGGAUUUUGGAGUGUUCGAUUAGUAUUCAACUACAAUGUAUUUUCAUUUUUUUUUUUUUAUAAUUUCCUUCUGUGGAUAAGUGGUCAAUAUAUGGUAAUAUAUGAUUAUUUGUAUAUAGAUUAAUAUUUAUUAAAGGUUCUGUGUCACACAUAGGUAUGCUUUGCAUUGCAUUGAUUUGAUAUUUGUUAUUAUUUUAUGUUUUUUGCAUUCUGUUAAGUUUUUUAAUAUUCAUAUGAAGUUUAUUCAGUCUAUGAUUUUUAAAGUAAUAGUCGAGUAAGAUAAAUCUAUUUAUCAAUUAUAUACCAUAUAGUAAAUCAGUAGCCAAAUUUGAAGUUCAUUUAUAAUCUAUCAUUUCUAAGCACUGUUAAAGUAAAGAUGUUGAUUGUAAAUUGUGCUUGGCAAAUGAGUUUUUUUGUUGUUGAUUUUUUAUCUUUUAUAUAUGUAUGUAUGUAUGUAUGUAUGUGUGUGUGUAUGUUUGUUUGUAAAUGUUAUAUAUAUGUUCAGAGCUGGAAAAAAUAUAAAUUAACUCAUGUGUUAAACAUUGAUUGGUGUUGUUGUUUAAUGUAUACCACCACAACCCACACAAGCAUCAUUACAUCAUUAUUUAGAUUCAAAUUGGUUAAAAUGGUAUACCCCAAGGUCAUAAUGAGGUUUAAAAAUUUAUAGGGAAGUACAUGUAUAUCUCAUCAUUUUCAUUAUUUUGUACUUUAAUGAUCCACUCUUCAACUUCUAGUUACAUACAUGCAGUCAAUACAUACACAACUCCCAAUGCAACUCAAAAGUGAGUCUCUGCAAACUGUUGUCGGUAUCUCAGACCAUCAUUGCCAUUGUUGUUAAAUAUGUGUGGUACAUGUACAUUAACUUGUUGAUCUUCACCAUCAUCUUCAUGAUCUUGUGGGCAUGGAAUGCAUCGAUCUUUGCAAAUGUUAUGCAAAAUGGCACAGGACAAAAUAACCUGACAUGCCUUCUCAGGUGACAAGCGGAUUUCACCAUGUAGUACAUGAAAUCGCCUCUUCAGUUGUCCGAUACCCCUUUCCACCACAGAUCUUGUUUUCUUGUGAGCUCUAUAAAUCAGUAUGGUAAAAUCUGAUUGGUUUGCUUAUUUAAAAAAAUUGGUUGUUGUACACAUAAUAAAUCACAUGAAUACAACAAUCAAGUUAUAUAUGUUAAUAUUGAUAUCAUUAUGUGUAGAGAGAGAAGGGGGGGGGGGCAUGUUUUAAGUAUGACCAAUUGUUAUUUGAGAAGCAUAAUAUCUUGGAUGCGAAUUACAAAAAAAAAUCAUUCAGAAGACUUCUAUAGUAAAUCCCCAUUGUAGGCAUUAAUUGUUAAUAUUAAAUUAAACAAAAAAAAAAAAAAAAAAAAAAAACACUGCCUGGAAUGACAAAACUUUCAUAAAAGCAUGUUUCAUAUGAAUUAUUGUAGUAAAAAAAAUCUUCCACCCGCCCCAAUAGUCAAUGCUCAUCUAUUUUCAAAUUGUUAAAAAAGAAGAAGAAAAGAAAAGAAAAUUCCCCACAUCUCGUUAUGCUAUAUGUUUAUAUGUUUAUAUCGAAAUAAUUUCUAAGUUUGAAUUUUAUGUUUAAAAAAAUAUUGGUUAUCAAUAUAUAUUCUGGUACUGUGUUACCUGAGUAUGUGAUAGUCAGGUGCAUGUGACAUGUACCACCCUCCCCCUUUUAUUUACAAAAUAAUUAAUAAUGUACCCUUUAUUUACAUGUCAGUGAAAUAAAACAAUCAAAGUAGAUAUAUAUUUUAUUAUUUUAUAGAUUACAUGCAAGAAAAGGAAUUUAAAUUCUAAGAAUUGCAAUAAUCAAAAAGAGUCAAUUAAGCUGAAAUUGCACAGUCUAAAGAAUUGACAGCUGUUUACAUCACAUUUAUGUGACAUUAUAUUCUGAAUUUGACGUUACCUAACUAAUAUUAUCCAUAUCCAUGAUGCAGUGUCUGCAUUUGAUUUCAAUUCAUGAAAGUGCCAGUAUAUAUAUUUUAUAAUUUAUAUGUUGAAACACUUUUACAUACUUAUUUUGUCAAUCCCACAAGUCCCCCCCCCCCAUUUUUUAAACAAUACAUGCAAGAAAGAGGAGAAAAUUUACAAUAAAUGUAAAUUGGAAUAAUAAUACUAAUACUACUAAUAGUAAUAAAACCAAAUAUUGAAGUGGUUUUUAUUUAGUUUCAUGUUUACACCCCUCCAUUUGGAAACUGUUGGAUCCACCCGAUUGUUUCUCAAAUAGGGGGCGCUAAGUUUCGAACUAAUUUUACACCAAUCAGAAUUUGUUUAUACCAAGAGGGAAAUAUGGAUGUGAGAAAAGCAAAGACUUGUUUAUCAUGUUUAUUUAGAAUAUUUAAAGGUGUGCAUGUGUCUUGUGUAUGAAAGAAGAUUUUAAAUCUUUACCUGUUGUAAUUCAACUGCGAUGGUUGGUUUGGUCUCAGAAAAGGAGUCAAUAACCAACGUUUGGAGGGAUAUCCGCUGUCGCCAAGCAAAUGUGUGUGAAUGGGGAUGUGAUUAUUUUCGAACAGGACUCUCAAACCACUUUCGUUAAGGAUUCGGGAAUCGUGAGUGGAGCCUGGCCAUUUAGCAACAACAUCAAUGAUUCUAUAUUUUGCAUCAAAAACAACUUGUGUGUUAAUACUGUGGUAGUUAUGUCUAUUGACGAAUUCAUUUUCAUAUUCGUGUGGUGCAAUUAUUUGAAUGUGGGUACCAUCGAUGGCGCCUACUAUCCCUGGGAAGCCCGCGAUUGCGUGAAAAGACUCUUGGUUUCUUCUAAUCUCUGCUGCGCUAGAUGGAAAUUGUACAAACCGACUGAUCAUAAGAGGGGAGGUAAGGCUUGCCAGUGUUACGGUAAUGGCCCGUGAGACAGUUGGCUGAGAAACACCCAUGUCAUCGCCGUUGCACAGCUGCAUUUUGCCCGUAGCUAGAAACCUCAAAGUAAGAAGAACUUUCUGAAGAGAGGAUAAUGCCAUAUUACGCCGAGAGCCACUAGAUAUUUGAUCACGAAUAAGUGAUUCCACAAAAAGGAUUCCACCUGAAUCAAGCCGAAAACGUUCGAUAAGUUCACGAUCACUGUACUGCUGUAAACAGUCUUUUCUCUCUCUAAAAUUCCUUCUGUGAACUAUGUUGGCAGCCAUUUUAUUUGUGAACUUAAGAAAUUCUGAAAACUUAAGUCUGCUACAGACUACACUUACUUUUAAGAAUUGUUUAAGAAUUUUCUAAGAAUUAAGUUGUUUUAUGAAUAAAACUUAAGAUAAAUACUCA